AUGCGACGACCACGCGGACCUGCCGUUGGAACGCCAAUACCGCGCCUGGCCGACCACAAAACAUGCGCCCCCCCUGCGCACGCAGUUUCCUCCCCCCUCUGGCUCAGGUUUCGCGAUCGCGCGCGGCUUGACCACCACGCGGACCUCCCGGCGUGCCAACACCAAUCCCGCGCUGAGCUUCUCGCAAAACACGCGCACCCGCUCGGUCCCAACACCGCACCUCGCCCGACCCAAAUGCGCGUCCCCACUGCGCGCGCAAUUCGGCGCGCGUUCGCGGCCCCUCUCCACAGCACCUCGACCGCCGACACCCUCCACCACCUGCAUUCUCGCCAAUGCGACCACCACGUGGACCUGCCGUUGGAACGCCAAUACCGCGCCUGGCCCACCGCAAAACACGCGGCCCCGCUACGCGCGCCGCCACCUCGACUCUCUCCCUCACACUUCGCGACCGCGCGCGGCUUAACCAACACGCGGACCUCCCGGCGCGCAAAUCCCAAUGCCGCACCUAGCCCAUCGCACAACACACGCACCCGCUCGCAAUGCCAACACGGUGCCUCGCCCGACCAAAACGCGCGCCUGGACUGCGCGCGCAAUUCCGCACGCGUUUGCGCCCCUCUCCACAGCACCUCGACCGCCAACACCCUCCACCACCUACUCUCGCCAACCGGACCACCACGCGGACCUCCCGUUCGAAUGCCAAUACCGCGCCUGGGCCACCGCAAAACACGCGCCCCCGCCGCGCGCGCCGCAACCUCGACCCUCUCCCUCACACUUCGCGACCGCGCCCAGGUCGACCACCGCCCGGACCUCCCGUUCGAACGCCAAGGCCGCACCUCGCCCCUCGCAAAGCACGCACCUGCGCUGCGUACGCAAUUUCCUCCACACUCUCGCCCCCGUUUCGGCACCGUGCCCAGACAGUGA